AUGUGCAGCACAGCAUCUCCCUGGAAGUUAUCUCAGGAUUCAGGAAGUGUGUCAGUAAACCGAGCCCUCAGUGAUGCCUGGGACCUACCUGGCCUGACGGAUGGUGCCAGGAAGAGCGCAGCAACAUAUCCUGAUCGUCAGAGGUGGAAAAUGGCUUCGACUUCAGCUGUUGGUAAUUUGAAAGAAGAGUUAAACUGUUCAAUUUGUUGGAAUAUCUACACCGAACCUGUCUCGCUAACCUGCGGCCACAAUUUCUGUCGUAAGUGCAUCGAAAAAAACUGGGACAAAAGAGACACGGUUCAGGUUUACUCGUGUCCAGAGUGUCGGGCCGAGUACAAUCAAAAGCCCGUCCUGCAGAAAAACCUCAAGCUCUGCAACAUCAUCGAACGGUUUGAAGCCACACAAAUGAACGAAGAGCCCAUUAAGAUCCUGUGUGAUUUCUGCCUGGAUGAUCCUUUCCCGGCAGUGAAAACUUGUAUGAACUGCGAAGCCUCCUUGUGCGAGCAUCACUUCAGGAAACACUCUGAAAAAGCUGCACAGAAGAACCACGUACUGAUCGAACCCGCCAGCUCAUUGGAAGACCGAAAGUGCUCGGAUCACGAGAAAUUAAUCGAGUAUUACUGUUUGGACGAUCACUCCUGCAUCUGUGUGACGUGCUAUGUGGCUGGGCCUCACAAGAACCACGACAUACGGAUUUUGAAGGAUAUACACAACGAGACCAAGGCCAGCCUUUCUGAGAAGCUGGACAAACUGCAGAGCUCCAGGGCAUCUUUGGAAGAAGCUACGAAAGAACUGCAAGGAACUGAAAUGAACUUAAAGAAAGACAGCGCGACCUUGAGGAAGCAGAUUUCAGACCUGUUUCAGGAAAUUAGGAUGUUGCUGACGAAACAAGAGAAACAAAUCCUGGACACGGUGAUUUCAGAGAAAAACCUGAACCUUUCGAAGGUGUUGAAGAAGAUUCAGGAAUUGGAAAUUAAGCGGGAAGUGAUCACACACCUCAUUCAGGAGGUGCAGGAUUUGAGAAAUCAGAAAGAUCCAUUGUUCUUUAUUAAGGAUUUCAAAUCCACUUAUGAAAGGAUUUCCAACAAUAACACUGAAGUAGAAAAACUAAAGGUGUCCUGGAAGAGGUUGGAUGAAACAACAAUAUCUAACAUCAAACAGGAAACAAAGCGAAUCUUUGAAACAUUAAACACACUGAUUUUUGAUCACCCUGUUCAGUCGAAUAAUGAAGGAGUGGAGGACAAGUUUGGAAUGGAAGAUGAGACCGAAGAGGAAAAUAUAUCUGAUACAAUGAGAUCCAUAGGCAACGGAGACAUAAUAAGGAAUCCAUAUUCUUCUGUAUUUUGCAAAGAUGUGCCAGAGUCGUGGGUGGUCCAAAGGACAGACUCCAGAACCAAGACAAUCUGUCCUGGUGAUCAAACAGCAUCAUGGAUACUGUCAUCACAGGAGCAGCCAACGCAGCUCACGACCUCUCAGCAGGCAGUGGUGGUCGAGCUGAUGGAGGGAGCGGUUGCCAGACCCUCCGCAAAGCAACAUAAGCUUCACCAGAUGCAGCUCAUGUCGGCCAUGGUCCCACAGGAGCUGUUGGACCUGAAUUUUCAGACUCUCUUCCUGAGGUUGCAGGAGGGCAAAAGCGCGGACAGCGCCGAUCUGCAGGCGGCCAUGGGAGAUAUGCAAACCGCUGUGCAUGGGCCUAACGCGACCAAUAUGCGUGGAACCAUGCAGUCUGACUUGACGGACAUGCAGGCUGCAAUGCAGUCUGGCAUGUUUGCAGACAUGCAGGAUGCCCUGCAGAAUGGAAUGGCAGAUCAUCUCAAUGCUCUGCAGAAUGGCUUGAUUGAGAUCCAGGACGCUCUCCACAUAGGGAUGUCCAACAUAUGGGACGCCAUCCACACUGGUCUUAACCAGAUAGACACCAACCUCCAAGGUGUCCAUUGCUCAGUGCACAAAGGCUUGUCUCAAAUCAGCAAAGAUAUUGGCCUGAUGGUGAGCUUCGCCUCCGAUGACCUGGGCAUUCAAGAUGUCUUCGACUCCGCGGAGUUGCUCACCAAACUGAGUCUGAUGACUCCAGAGAUCAAAAAGAACCUGAGAGAGAGAGAGCAGGAGGAGAAACCAGUGGCGGUUGGCGUUGGACACUCUCAUCUGACGUGUCCUUCCUCAAGUUUAGAAGAUGUCAACGCGGCCAAUGUUUCCACCAGCUGUGCCACGAUGUGCCAAUGGCAAGAAUGCGGCCCACAGGCUAGACUUCCCAGGAGCAGCACGUGGCCAAUUUGUGGGAAAGCCAUCACUUUUCCAGCUAAGUCCAAAGACGAAGUGAUGCUGCAGAGGUUUCCGAUGGAGGAUGAGGAUGAUGAGGACAAUUUGACUGAUAACUUGAGAUGUGAAGACAGCACAUCCAGCAUCUCCACUCUGGAUACCCCUGUUUACUAUGCAGAAUUUGAAGAGGAAGGAGGAGAAAUGCCUUAUGUGAUAGAAGACGCCAUGGAUGAAGAGUACUUGGACGUUUUGUACAUAAGAAACCGAGGAGACAACUUUACCACACAGUCCAUGUGAUUUGAGAGUCGAAGGCAGGAAACGGGGAAAAAACCUGGAACGAAUCUCCGAUCCGGACUGUGGUCAGUGAUCACCUUUACACAACUGGAGGGCUUUCAUUAGAAGCAGCCACAAGGAGAAUUUCCGUCUCACUCGCUCACUCACACAUUCACUCACUCGCUCACUCAUAAAUUCACUC